AUGCUCACGUCUANNGGCAAGACAUCAUCCUUGGUCGGAGUCGUACUCUACUCGCUCGCCGUUUCGUGCUAUACAAUUGCUGUCUUCAAGGAUCCUGGAUCUCCUACAAACUCGCCAGCCACCGGUGGCUACGCAUCCCUCCCUACCCAUGAAUCUGCAGCACCUACGCCGCUCACGGCAAAGUCGUCGGGCAAACCACGAUACUGCAAANAGUGCAACUCGAUCAAACCAGACCGUACCCACCACUGCAGCUCCUGCAACCGCUGCGUCCUCAAGAUGGACCAUCACUGUCCCUGGCUAGCCACCUGUGUUGGCAUGUACAACUACAAGGCCUUCCUGCUGUUUUUGUCCUACACAUCCCUCUUUUGUUGGCUCUGUUUCGCAACUGCUACCGAGUUCGUCUGGCGCGACAUCUUUGACGAAACAAAGAUCGAAGAAGGACUACGAAUCGUCAACGUCAUCCUGCUCGCUGUUCUAGGUGGAAUUAUUGGCCUCGUCCUGACUGGUUUCACCUCCUGGCAUAUUUACCUGGCCACUACGGGCAAGACGACCAUUGAGAGUUUGGAAAAGACACGCUACUUUAGCCCCUUGAAGAAGAGCAUGGAACGUCAGAUACACAAUCACGAGAGACACUACAUGCAUGAUGAUCCCUCCGACGAGCCUACGCUGGGCGAACAGCUCAAGGAGAUUCACGCAAAUGCUGUUCCUGGCGUGACCAGACCUGAAGAAGGCGAGGAGUCGAGACGCCCAACCNCCUUGCCAUCACAAAACUCCGCAUUCGAGUCUCCUGCUUCGGACAGCCUGCGUCGUAGUUACGCAAGUCUAGAAGCAGACCGUGAGCGGGAACGCUAUGCCGAAUAUCUAGACGAGCAAGACAGCGACAAGCUACCUCAUGCCUUCGACCUCGGCUGGCGACGGAACCUGCUUGACCUCUUUGGCCAAAAUCCAUACUUGUGGUUCUUGCCAGUCUGUAACACUGAAGGAGACGGUUGGAGAUGGGAGGUUAGCGCACACUGGAUAGCCCGGCGUGACGAGGUAGCUCACGACCGCCAACUACGAGAAGAAUCAGAACGUCGCUCAUGGCGCGACUAUCAAUCUCAACGUGCGCAAUGGGGCGCUGGUGCGUAUGGUGCAGGGAGAUACUUUGGUGGUCCUGCUGCUGCGCACCAACAUCAGCAACCCCAACAGCCCCAACAGCCACACCUUCAACCCACAUGGGGAGGCGAGCAGGAAGACGACGAUGAGGGUAGAUACCUGACUACCACUAACGGUGUUACUCGUGUACCUCUUGCAGGUCGCCGCUCUCCCUCGAAAGCAGCCCAGAUUCUGGGUCAAUAUCAAACAGGAAACGGUCCACCUGCAGCACAACGCCGCAAAACAGACCCCGACGAUAUUGAUGACUAUGAUACCAGCAGCGAUGAGGAAACCUCCCGACCGCCGAGUCGACCGCUUCCGCAAACCCGUGAUUGGAACGACAUCCCAGAUGACUUUUUGACGUCUGCUACGGUAAAGCCGAAGAGAGACAGGAGUGGACACAGAACCAAGGGUGAUUGA